UUAUGCCUUGCCUCCCACAGAGCGAUUGGCAUCAUUUUUGGAGAUAUCGGCACCUCGCCGCUGUAUACCUUUGCAAACGUCUUUCAGAAACCGCCGAGCAAUGAGGAGGUCUUGGCAGGGAUGAGCCUCAUCUUCUGGACCCUCACACUUGUGGGUCUCAUCAAGUAUGUCUUUAUCGUACUUCGCGCAGAUGAUCAAGGCGAAGGUGGAACCUUUGCAUUGUAUGCGCGCCUUGCCCGUGUGGCUCGGCUGCCGACUCCCACAGCCACAGAGCAGGAGUAUGACACCAACCUGGCCAGAUUUGGGACCAAGAUCGAGGGGGGCGUGAAGCCAAGCAUAGCCACACAUCGCGUGGUUUUGGUGCUUGUGCUGAUCGCAACAUGCAUGCUCAUCGGAGACGGCUGCCUGACGCCGUCCAUAUCUGUUGUGUCCUCCAUCUCGGGCCUCAAGCAGAUCUCUUCGAUCGGCAACAAUGCUGUGAUCGGCAUUUCUUGCGCGGUGCUGGUGCUGCUGUAUGUGUUCCAGCGCCUGGGCACAAGCAAGCUUGGGGUUGUCUUUGCCCCCGUCAUCCUGCUCUGGUUCUUUUCAAACUUCUGCAUCGGUAUCUACAACAUCGUUGUCUGGUAUCCAGGCAUCUUCAAGGCGCUUUCUCCGCACUACAUGAUCUUCUACUGGCGCGACGAGGACAAACUCAGCUGGGAAGUUCUCAGUGGGGUCUUGCUGUGCAUCACUGGAGUGGAGGCCAUGUAUGCUGACCUGGGCCAUUUCUCCCGCCAGGCUGUGCAGCUGAGCUACUGCUGCAUUGUGUACCCAGCGGUGCUCAUCACCUAUCUGGGACAGGCAGCUUUUCUCAUGAACAGACCUGAGAGCGUGGCAGACACUUUCUAUGACGCCAUCCCAGACCCGGUCUACUGGCCCAUGUUUGUCAUCUCCAUCCUCGCCGCCAUUGUUGCCAGCCAGGCCAUAAUAUCGGGGACCUUCUCGAUCAUCCGCCAGAGCCUGAUGCUGGGCUGCUUCCCGCGCGUGAAGAUUGUGCACACUUCUGGGAUUGUGGAGGGCCAGAUCUACAUCCCAGAAGCCAACUGGACGCUCAUGGUCCUAACCAUCAUUGUUGUGGCCGGCUUCAGAGAUUCCCUGGCCAUCUCCAACGCCUAUGGAGUGGCGGUGACAUUUGUCAUGUUGAUAACCACUAUCUUGAUGACACUGGGCCUGCUGGUCAUCUGGAAGCACAACAUUCUUACAGCCCUCGCAUUCUUUGUCAUCUUUGGCCUGAUCGACGUCUCCUUCCUAUCAGCUGCCCUCAAUAAGUUCUUACAUGGGGGCUGGUUCCCCAUCGCACUGUCAGGCAUUUUGUUCACGGUCAGUGUGCUGUGGUACUGGGGCACAAAGAGGAAGGUGGAUGCGCUGGACUCCAAGAAAGGGAUCGCGCGCACGGUGGCGCUGAAGGACGGGGGCAAAAUUGCACGCGUACCAGGGGUUGCCAUGGUAUAUACAAAUACCUACACAGGCAUCCCCGCCGCCUUCACCAACCUGCUCUCCAAUGUGCCAGCGCUGCACGAGGUGGUUGUCUUCAUCACUGUCAGAUAUGUGCCCAUUCCCAAGGUGUCCUUGGGCGAGCGGCUGCUGUUCAUGCCGCUGCCUGUGCCUGGCUUGUACCGCUGUGUCGCUCGCUACGGGUACACGGACCCCAUAGACGAGGAUGGCGAGUUCACCAAGGCUGUUCUCAACAAGAUAGCCAAGCACUCCAAGCCAGAGUUGGCGGCAAAAUUGAUCGUCCUGCCUGGCAAGGCCAUCGAGGCAAAUAUGAAGCUGGUGUAUGUCAUGGGCCGCACAAUGACCCACCCCAAGCCCGGCACAGGCAUGAUCCGCCAAUUUUUCCUGGAGCACACCUACAACUUUCUGCGCCGCAACAGCCGCACUGCCUCCGGCGCCUUCAAUGUGCCCAGGGAUCGCCUCGUGGAGGUCGGAGUUGUGGUGGAGAUCUGAUGCUGAUCUGGUGGACACCGGUACUUUGGAGGUCUGUUGGAGAUCUGAUUGGGGCACCGCACAGCAGUCCUAUGAUGUGCCUCUUUAAACAUAUGGGCGUGAGUGCUAGCAUUAGGGGCUGCGUGUGAUGUGCUGUUUGAUGCGCUGCAACAGCGGUGUCUUGAAGGAUUGUGGGCGUGAGUGCUGCAAUGAAGGGGCAGCAUGCAAAGUUGAU